GCAGCCUUCCAUUCCGUCUCCAAGCCAGACAAGCUUUGGUGGUAGGCAGGAUCGGGAUGGCGAACGCGGAGGAGGCGCCCACGGCCGUGGCGGGUUCUUGCAGGUGGCCGUCCGCGCUGCGCUGGAGCUGGAUCCCCACCUCCGCCGACGGCAUCGUCGCCGCCGAGAAGCGCCUCCUCUCCCUAGUCAAAACUGGGUAUGUCCAAGAGAAAGUUAACAUUGGCUUUGCUCCAACCGGGUCAAAAGCAAGAUGGUUUAGAUCAAGUGAAGAGCCAAGGUUCAUCAACACGGUGACAUUUGGUAGCAGCAAGGAGAAUGCUCCCACCCUUGUCAUGGUUCAUGGUUAUGGUGCUUCACAUGGGCUCUUCUUUCGAAACUACGAUGCCCUCGCAAGCCGUUUCCGGGUCAUUGCCAUUGAUCAGCUUGGUUGGGGUGGAUCAAGCAGACCCGACUUCAUCUGUAAAAGUAUCGAAGAAACGGAUGCUUGGUUCAUAGAUUCUUUUGAAGAAUGGCGCAAAGCAAAGAACCUCAACAAUUUUAUAUUGCUUGGACAUUCUUUGGGAGGAUAUGUUGCUGCUAAGUAUGCCUUACAGCACCCUGAGCACGUGCAACACUUGAUUUUGGUUGGUCCUGCUGGCUUUUCACCAGAAGUAGAUGAUAGCGCUGAGCGAUUAGCCAAGUUUAGAGGAACAUGGAAAGGCAUGCUAGUGAACCAUCUUUGGGAGUCCAAUUUUACUCCUUCGAAAAUUUUGAGAGGAUUGGGUCCUUGGGGCCCAUAUUUUGUUCGAAGAUAUACCACAACUAGGUUUGGAUCGUAUUCAACUGGUGAAUUACUAACAAAACAUGAAUCUAUCUUGCUGACAGAUUAUAUUUACCACACUUUAGUUGCCAAAGCCAGUGGAGAGUUGUGCUUAAAUUAUACUUUUUCUUUGGGGGCAUUUGCAAGAAAACCUCUUCUGAAGAGCGCAUCCGAUUGGAAAGUGCCGACUACUUUCAUAUAUGGACAGGAUGAUUGGAUGAAUUACCAAGGGGCGCAACAAGCACGCAAGGAUAUGACAGUUCCUUGUGAAAUCAUCCGAGUCCCACAUGGAGGUCAUCUUGAGUUCAUAGAAAACCCAUCGGGGUUCAACUCAGCGGUCUUGUACGCAUGCCGAAAUUUCUUAUCUGAAGAUGUAGGGGACGACUUCUCUCGUCCUGAUGGCUUGAUAUACGCAUAGAGUUCCAUCACACGCGGUCUCAUGUUGGUAUAUGAUAAUAUGAACAUGAAGCAAAACCGAUACAUCGAUAGUAUCAAUAUUAGCACCAAUGUCACAUGAUUUGUUUGUGUAUGUACGAAUUGUGUGAAUAUGUCUCAUUCAUAUCAUACGUGCUUGGGUAACCAGUAGUGAAAAAAAUAAUGUUAUAUAUGUAAGCUCUCU